CAGAGAGUAAAAACAAACAUCCAACCAACAGAGAGAGAGAGUGAGUGAAAAUCAAAACUCAAAAGCAAAAGAAGACAGACACAGACACAGACACCCUCCUCUCUUUUUCACGCUCCUUUUCCUACCCAUCAAACGCAUUGAAAUCAAGAAAAAAAUAUAGCUUCUCUGUAGAUUCAUUUGCACCCACAUAAACAUACACAGAGCAACUGCUACUCUGUGUGUGUGUUGCACUGUUAUUUUCUGACUUAGAACUCUGACAUUUUUUCCUUAAUUUUCCUUUUUGAAUUUUUGGAGGAGAUUGGGAGGUGGGCUGUUGAUAAUUGGUGGUGGUGGUGAAAAUGGGGGUUUCACAGAGUGAUGGUGGAAGAAUGGAGGGGUGGUUGUAUUUGAUACGCUCCAAUCGGAUUGGGCUUCAGUAUUCAAGGAAACGCUACUUUGUUCUUCAAGAUCACUUACUCAAGAGUUUCAAAUCUGUCCCACUUUCCCCUCACGAGGAUCCUGUUAGAAGUGCAAUUAUUGAUUCGUGCAUAAGGGUGACUGACAAUGGGAGAGAGAGCAUUCACAGGAAGGUCAUUUUCAUUUUUACUCUUUAUAACACUUCUAAUCACAACGAUCAACUGAAGCUGGGAGCAAACAGCCCUGAAGAAGCUGCAAAAUGGAUUCAGUCCUUCCAGGAAUCAGCUUUAAAGCCAAACCAGAAUCAAGGAGAUUUUGAGUUUGCCACACGUGAACCAGAGUCAUUGAGGCUAAACUGUUCCAGUAAGCAUUCUCAUUCCAUUGACUGGACUGCCUACUCAUCCUCAGUCAGUGAUGCAAUGACAUCUGAUGUUGUUGCACCAUCACCUUGGAAAAUCUUUGGUUGCCGGAAUGGUCUCCGAUUAUUUAAGGAAGCUAAAGAUAAAGAACAUCAUGGAAAGUGGGAUGAUCAUCCCGCAAUAAUGGCCGUUGGUGUAGUUGAUGGAACUUCAGAGGCUAUUUUCCAAACACUCAUGUCUCUUGGUCCUUCAAGAUCAGAGUGGGACUUCUGUUUCUACAAGGGUUCUGUGAUUGAACAUCUUGAUGGUCACACUGAUAUAGUUCACAAGAUCCUCUAUCGUCAUUGGCUUCCUUGGGGUAUGAAACGAAGGGAUCUUCUGUUACGGCGCUAUUGGAGAAGGGAGGAUGAUGGUACAUAUGUGAUUCUGUACCAUUCUGUGUUUCAUCAGAAGUGUCCGCCUAAAAGGGGUUAUGUACGCGCCUGCCUUAAAAGUGGUGGAUAUGUUAUAUCUCCCGUGAAUCAAGGAAAGCGUUCUGUAGUGAAGCACAUGCUUGCUAUCGAUUGGAAAUUUUGGAGAUCUUAUUUACAGACAUCCUCAGCCAGAUCAAUAACAAUAAGCAUGCUAGGGAGACUUGCUGCCUUGCGGGAGCUGUUUAAAGCAAAAGUAGAUUGUUCAUCACCUGAUUUCUCAUCAGGUGAGCUAAUGAGCAAUAAUAGCAUACAGCAAUGUAAAAAGGAGCUGAAAGUUGAAGUUCAAACUAGAGUGGAAAAUGGACAAAAUUGGGAGGAUGUGGAGGAAGAAACAGUUAAAACACCCUCUGAACGCUCCAGUCUUGUGGGAUUACAUGAUGCAUCAGAUGAAUUCUUUGAUGUCUCAGAGCCACUGGAUUAUGAUCAAUCAGAAAAUGGUUGGCCUUCUGACUUCGGUUCAGAAGUUUAUUCUCAGGAUGCACGCCAACCCAAACUGUCGACUGCUGCUGUCUUUGUGAAAAGGCUGCAUGAACUUGCAGUUCAGAAGAAGGGUUAUGUCGACUUGCAUGAGAUGGCAAGGGAAGACAGUCUGUCAUGCAAAUACGGAUGCACUCUUCCAAAGGAUCCAACCUGUAAUUUGCUCUGCAGUUGGACAGAAACAGACCCCUCGACAUUUCUUAUUCGUGGAAAGACUUAUUUGGAUGACAGAAAGAAGAUUAAGGCAAAAGGCACAUUGAUGGAAAUGGUAGGUGCUGACUGGUUGAGAUCUGACAAGAGAGAAGAUGAUCUUGGGGGACGGCCUGGGGGCAUAGUUCAGAAAUAUGCGGCCAAGGGGGGUCCAGAGUUCUUCUUUAUUGUGAACAUACAGGUACCAGGCUCAACAACGUAUAACCUUGCGUUAUACUAUAUGAUGAGUACUCCUAUAGAAGAUGCUCCCUUGCUUGAGAGCUUUGUCAAAGGAGAUGAUGCUUAUAGAAAUUCAAGGUUCAAGCUUAUACCGUAUAUAUCUAAGGGUUCGUGGAUAGUGAAGCAGAGUGUUGGGAAAAAGGCAUGCCUGGUCGGUCAAGCAUUAGAAAUUAACUAUUUUCAUGGGAAAAACUACCUGGAGCUUGGGAUCGAUAUUGGCUCAUCAACUGUUGCAAGGGGGGUGGUCAGCCUCGUUCUGGGUUACCUUAACAAUCUGGUUAUUGAGAUGGCAUUCUUAGUACAGGCUAAUACACCAGAAGAGCUACCCGAAUAUCUUAUUGGAACCUGUCGUCUGAACCACCUGGAUGUCUCUAAAUCGGUACUAGUAAAACCAUAAUCCAGUCUAAGCAAAUCGAUUGUUUACUCUAACAAUAGCUGAAACCACAACCACGAACAAAAGGUGCGUUAUAAAGCAUAGGAUGUGUGAGUAAUGAAAUAUGAUUGCACAUGGUCUUCUGCCUAGUUACAAUUCUUUUAUUCAAUCAAGUGGAAUCAGUAGCCUAAUGUGCUUUGCUUUGCUGUGAUACUGAUUGAGAUGUACAUAAAUUCUCAGCAUAUAAAAUACUGACAUUUAUUAUUACGCCUAUUCGAAUACAAUUUGCCACACAAUUUUUCCUUA